AUGUUUACUUGUCAAAGCGACCAUAAGAUAGCCGAAAGGCCCAUACACCGCAUCUCCGACCUUCACCAACCAGACAAGCUCCUCAUCGUUAAGCAAAGCCCCCCUUCCGCCGCAUUGAUCGACAUCUGGAAGGGAGUUUCGGACGGCGCUCUCAACUUUUCCAUCAAAUCCGACGGAAAGAUAGCGUUCGAUGCCCCGAAACAAGGCUUCCGUAUCCGACUUAACAUCGUCGAAAUCGAAAACGGGUGCAUCGAUCACUUCCACGUGGCGGAACGAUCCGACGAAAGUCCCGUUGCGUCCAUGUCGGAUAUAUUGUUGCUGAGGGCCGUGACGGUGGUUGAUUGGGGAGGAGAUGGCGACACGCUGGAUUUCCGGUGGUUGCUGGAAGGGGUGUUUCAAAGGCUUGGGCAAUUCCCGAAAAUUGACGAUGAGGAGCUUGUCUGGUUGGUGAAGGCCGCAGAUGCGGUGUAUGGGCCUUUCGGCUAUCUUGCGAUAGCUUCUUGCAUUGCUACCAAUAACGAGGCUGCCGCUUUGGCGCUUCUUCGGAAAGAGCAGAAAUAA